AUGGCUGCGCUCGCAAAGGCUAUCAACGCCAAGAUCAGGUCCAACCCGGUGUUGAGCUAUGUUUGCACAACUCACUUUUGGGGACCUGUUUCAAACUUUGGCAUUCCCAUUGCUGCUGUGCUGGAUACCCAGAAGAGCCCUGAUCUGAUCUCCGGACAGAUGACCGCCGCCCUUACUGUCUACUCUAUGACCUUUAUGCGAUACGCUCUUGCUGUCUCUCCCAAGAACUACCUCCUGUUCGGAUGCCACGUUGUCAACUCAUGCGCCCAGCUCACCCAGGGCUACCGAUACCUGUCAUACCACCACUGGGGUGGAAAGGAGAAGAUGGCUUUGGAUAAGGGUGUCGAGGCUGGCAAGGAGACAGCACCUAGCAAAUAA